AUGACUACCGUGGAAUCGAAAGCUCUACCCCAUCCCUACUACCCCCUCGAUGCUCAAAUCCAUGGUUAUGCUCCCAACGAGGCUUCCUUACUCAGUAUCCUCAGUACUGCUAGCGUGGGCGCGGCAGCUUUACUGGGAAUAAUUUUCACCCUGACCAGUAGACUCCGACCAACGCUAAAGAAUGCCGACCGUCUUGCUAUCCUGUGGUUUGCCCUCUCGGGUACGAUUCACUGCUUCUUCGAGGGUUAUUUUAUGAUCAACCAUGCUCGUAUGGCAUCCGCGCAGGACUUCUUCGGUCAGUUAUGGAAGGAAUAUGCCCUGUCGGAUUCGCGAUACAUGACUUCAGAUACCCUCGUCUUAUGCAUGGAGACUAUCACGGUCCUUCUUUGGGGCCCGCUCUGUUUCCUGGUCGCAUACUUGACCAUUUCUCAGCACCCUCUGCGCCAUCCAUUGCAGAUCAUCGUGUGCAUGAGCCACCUCUAUGGCGAUGCUCUGUACUAUGCGACCAGCUUGUUCGAUCACUACGUUCAUGACCGACCGUACUGCCGCCCGGAGCCUUACUACUUUUGGGUGUACUAUUUUCUCAUGAAUUUCAUCUGGAUUGUGGUUCCAUUCUACUAUCUCUACCGGAGUAUCCGGACAAUAACAGAGGCUCUUAGAGCCGUGGAAAAUACUUCCAAACAGCGCAAGGACCGAUAA